AUGCCUCCAUCGCCACCUCCAGACGGAGGCAUGCGGGCCUGGACGCAGGUUUUCAUGGCCCACUUGGUUCUUUUCUGCACCUGGGGCUUUAUCAAUUCCUUUGGUUUCUUCCAGACAUACUACGAGGAAAACAUGCGGGUUAGCGCGUCACAGGUCUCAUGGAUCGCGUCGAUCCAGGUGUUUCUGCUAAGCUUCAUCGGGAGCUUCUCCGGCCGUCUGAUGGAUGCAGGGUACUACCGAUGGUGUUUGAUUGGCGGCUUUAUCUUCCAAAUAGUGGGUAUCUUUAUGGUCUCCCUAUGUUGGCGCUAUUGGCAGGUUUUUUUGGCGCAGGGAAUCUGCUGCGGCAUUGGCGACGGACUUUUGUUCUGCCCGACCACGGCCUUGAUUGCGACCUACUUUGCGAAGCGGCGCUCUCUAGCGCUAGGCUUGGUCUUGUCCGGGUCGAGCACUGGCGGGUUGAUCUUUCCGAUUAUGGUGCAGCAAUUGCUGCCCCGAGUCGGAUUCCCCUGGACAGUUCGCUGCUUGGGAUUCGUCGUGCUCUUCUGUUUCGCCGUGUGCUUGAGUCUGGCACGAACAAGGCUGCCUAAGCGGCCUUCAGGGCCGCUCAUUCAGUCGAGUGCCUUCCGAGAGAAGCCGUAUUCUCUCUUUGUCGUUGGCAUCUUUCUCUCUCUGUGGGCUGUUUACUUCAGUUACUUCUAUAUAGACACAUACGCCGUCAAUGUGAUCGGGGCAUCAAAGUCCGACGCAUUGAGCAUGCUGUACAUCAUCAACGGUAUGGGAAUUCCCGGACGCAUCAUUCCCGCUCUGUUCGCCGAUCGCUUCUUCGGAAUCCUGAACACUUACGUGGCCCUUGGGAUUGUGGCGGGGGUUCUGCUCUACUGCUGGAUUGCCGUAGAAACCUACGGGGGGAUGGUUGCCUUUGUGGUCUGCUACGGUCUGAUUGGGGGUGGUGUUCAGGGUACGGCGUUAUCUUCGCUGCCGACCUUGACCACCGACCUCUCACAGAUGGGCGUUCGCAGCGGCAUGGUGCUAUCCAUUGUUGCAUUUGCCUGUCUGACAGGGCCCCCGCUAGCAGGUGCGUUGAUUGAGCACAAGAACGGAUCGUACACGUAUGCUUGUGCUUGGGGAGGAACUUCGUUGAUUUUAGGAUCGGGAUUUGUGGUGGCUGCCCGAUUCUUGAUGCUACGCCAACAAUCUUAA